GCAGUAGCAUGGUGCAACUCAAUUGUGCAACAAGGAAUUUCUUCAAAACUUAGGAGAUAUUAGAGGCCUCAUGGAUCACGGAAGUGAAGCGAGGUUUGCCUCCAAUGACCACAGAGAGUCGGUGUCCGAAUGGAGCUUCUUUGUUGCUGCGGUUCUUCUGCAGCUGCAGGACGCCGUCGCCCAGGCCAUGCUGCGGAUCAGACUCCGACUGCUGCAGGGGACCGUUAUGCUCUGCAGCCUUUUCCUGCUCGUCUGGACAGCCACUUUCCUGUAUGGGAGCUUCUACUAUUUUUACAUGCCGAAUGCGGUAUAUCACACCCCUGUACACUUCUAUUACAGGUCAGACUGUGAGUCCUCUGCCUCCCAUCUGUGCUCAUAUCCCACAGCCAACAUCUCCAUGCAGAGGAACAGUAAAAACCAGGUAAUGGUAUUUGGCCAGUCCUAUCGGAUCUCUCUGGAACUGGACGUGCCAGAUUCUCCAGCCAAUCAAGAGCUGGGAAUGUUCAUGAUCAGGAUGACCUGUUACUCUGCAGAAGGAAGGGUAGUUGUCUCUUCCCUCCGCUCUGCGACACAGCUACUCACCGCUUCCAGCUCUCGCUUUACCAUGCUGAGGUAUCGUUCAGACCUGGUGAGGACUGCGGAGAUGCUACUGUUUCUCCCAGCAUACGUGACAGGAGUGGCAAAGCAGAAACAGCUGCUGCAGGUGGAGCUCUUCUCCGACUACACAGACAACCCUUAUAGCCCUUCUGUCAGGGCCAUCGUUGAGAUCCUGUCCAGCCGGGUGCAGAUCUAUUCAGCUCAGCUCUACGUCCACGCUCACUUCACCGGCAUCACAUAUUUGCUGUUCGAAUUCCCGCUCAUGUCAGCGCUGCUGGGCAUCUGCAGUAAUGUGAUCUUCCUCAGUUUCAUGCUGCUCUUCAGCUACACAAGGCUGCUGCUGGGAGUCACACGGACCACACAACAGUCCAUAACAAACAGACACAUAUCGGAGGGGAUGAUGGACAACAGCCACCGAGAGGAGGACAGGGCCGGCGCUCCAAACUCCUUGGCAGACAUCCCUGUGCUGCGGGAUCGACUCCAUACAAGACCCACAGCUGUGGUCCAGCAGGGCCCCAAUCUGCUGGCGGACUCCACAAUCAGGCACAAGAUGGGACCGAAGCAGGCAAGCACAGUUACAGAGGAAGAAGCUGAAGACAUAAAGAAAUCUCUCAACUUUAUGCCGGAAGAGAUCGCAAACAUCUCUAAACAACAGAAACAACUGAUAAUGGACUUGACGGGAGAAAUAAAGGACCUGAGAAGACAAAAUGACGACAAAGAUUAA